AUGUUCGGGUGAAGCAGGGAGCCAGCCGAAGCGCCCCUCGGGUGGGAGCACCGCCGAGGUAACAUGCGAAAGCAAAACCUCAUCGUCCUGCUUUCUGCCCUGUUGCUGGCCGAAGGAUGUGCCAGGAAUGGCUCUGAUGGUUCAGGAGAUGGAUCGCUGAUAUUAUCCACCGUUACAGUACCACCUCCUCCUGCUACGCGUUCUUUGACCACGGAUGACGGCGAGCCAGUACUUGUCACUGCAAGCGCUACUGAAAGCAUCUUUGAAACAACAAGUACUCCAAGUACUGAACUGAAUGCCGUGAACAAUCAGGACAGCCUAGAAGCAGCAGAACAGUCUAUCUUGAUAUACGUUGUCCCCGCCGUGCUGCUGGCCCUGCUGAUUUUGCUGAUCACAUUUUUUGUAAUACAUCAUAAAAAGAAAAAGUCUAAGCAAGAUGAGCUGGGAAGCGAAAAUGUGAAAAGUCCUAUUUUUGAAGAAGACACACCGUCUGUUAUGGAGAUAGAAAUGGAAGAGCUUGAUAAAUGGAUGAACAGCACGAACAAAAAUGCUGACUGUGAAUGUUUGCCUACUGUAAGAGAAGAAGAAAAAGAAUCAAUAGCCAACCCAAGGUACUUUUAA